AUGCAUCGCAAAGUCAAAGUGGACGCCAUAGAGUUCCUUAAAAAUAAGGUCUAUUUGGGCGCUUAUGAUAAUACCCCAGAAAACACGGAUCAGUUGAUUUACUUCACAGUGGAAGAAGCCCUCCCUUAUAAUGCAUUCCAUCUUGACUUUGGCCCAUUACAUAUUGGUCAUUUGUACCGUUUUGCUGUCGCGCUUCACAACAUUCUUAACGAUCCUGAGAACGGUAACAAGGCGGUCAUUUUCUACUCCUCUCAGAGUCCCAACUCAAGGGCAAAUGCUGCCUGUCUUCUGUGCUGUUACUUAGUACUGGUUCAAGAUUGGGCUCCACAUCAAGUUUUACAGCCAAUAGCGCAGAUGGAACACCCUUUCAUGCCAUUUAGAGAUGCCGGAUAUUCUCGUGCUGACUUUGAGUUGACCAUUCAGGACGUUGUCUACGGAAUAUGGCGUGCUAAAGAAAGAGGUAUGGUGGAUAUUACCAAUUUCAACUUAGAGGAGUACGAGCAGUAUGAGAGAGUUGAUCAGGGUGACUUCAACGUUAUUUCUAACGAUUUCGUUGCCUUUGCUUCUCCUAAACAGUCUCGACCUGGAGCUCCGUUGAAUGAGCCGUUUAGAAAAGUGCUACAGUACUUUGUUGCACACGAUGUGCAACUAGUGGUGAGAUUGAAUUCACAUUUGUACGAUAAAAAGGAGUUUGAAAAACGAGGUAUCAAUCAUAUUGAUAUGAUCUUUGAAGACGGAACCUGUCCGACGAUGGAGCUGGUUCAAAAAUUCAUUGGGGCCUCUGAGACGGUGAUUUCUAACAAUGGAAAGAUUGCUGUUCAUUGCAAGGCUGGUCUUGGACGAACCGGUUGUUUGAUAGGAGCCUAUCUAAUAUAUACGCAUGGUUUUACUGCCAGUGAGUGUAUUGGAUACAUGCGCAUGAUGAGACCCGGUAUGGUUGUUGGUCCUCAACAGCACUGGUUGUACUUGCAUCAGAAUGAAUUCCGAGACUGGCGUCAUACCAUGGUGUUAGACACUAUAUCUGAUUCAUCUAUUGGAGGGUUAUUCUCUUUAAUCUCGUUGGACCUUUAUAAAAGCCGUGAACGAGAGCGUAGACGUAGAGAACGGCUUCAGCAUGCAUCUCGAAACAGUCGAAGUACAGAAAUGGAUGAAGAUGAAGACGAUGUAGUGGAUGUUGAUGAUUCCAUUGAACUACCGCCUUCUACACCGUUGAGAAGACGUGAAGCUUCCGGCCAGUUGAAGCGCGCUACAUCUAAUGCAGUUCCUAUUGAGAAUCCAGGCCAGCCAAGAAAGUAUGUGGGUGCUGACGGUCGAUUUACAAAUUCUGACGAAGAGCAAGAUGAGGGGCCUUAUAACUCCACUGCCAAUACUACAGUAGAGAUUGGCAGUCCGAAAAAAAAAGCUGAUGUGGGAACUGUAAUGACUUUAGGCAAAGAAAAUCGGUAUUCGAGUAAGAAAAUAGGCAACCACUCGUCACCGGUGGCUCAUCAUCGAUACCCUCAGUCUCAAUUCUACAGAAAAAUAACUACUACUACCACAACUACUACAAUUGCAUCAUCACCUCCUCCAACUAGGGUUGGUCACAAUGCUGACGGGGGAUUGCUGAAAGUUCCAAAGCAAAGAGCUGUCACUAAUGGCAAGGAAAAAAGCAGUAGAAUUGGAAGCAUUGAGAGAGUUCUAGGAAAGCCCGGAGUCAGAAAGGUUUCUGGGAAAAGAUAUACCUCGGGGCUUUAG